AUGCAUGGUCUCACUGUCACCGGAGCCGUUCUUCUCGCUGUAUUCUCCGUCUUCCUCCUUGCCCUUCUCGCCGAGCUCUCAUACUUCUUAUGCCUCUACCGCCGGAGCCGUGCCAGAGCCAGAGUCGGAGACGCUCCCCACGCGCCGCCGGGGAAGGAGCUCUUGUUGUUCUUCUUGUGCCGCAAGAAUCAGUCUCGGAUCGAACCGGCGGCAAACGCGCCUCCGAUGGAGCUUCGAUCGCCGGAGGAGACGGCGGAGGAGGCGGAAGAGGACGUGGCUGCGAAAUGGCAGAUGGAUAUGUUGUACGGACCGUCUAGGUUUCUGUUCACGAUCGAGGAGGAAGAGGGAGAAGAUGGGUGCUCAGCGGAGGAUAUCGGCAGUGACGGUGACGCUAGCCGGCGACUAAAUCCGGCGGAGAUCGGAGGUUCGCCGCCGUUCUCGACGCCGUGCGCUUCGCCCCCGUAUUAUACCCCGUGGCCUUCUCCCGGCCGGGAAGACAUCUCCGUCGAUGUCGGGGAUUGA